GCCUAAGACAGGCGGUCCCCCACUAAAGGACCACUUCUCGGCCUCUAACAAGGGCGCCAAGUCAAUCCAUCAUCAUCAUCAGGGGCCCUUCAUUCUCACCAACCUAAGAACUCCGAAGACUCCGACGACCAUGCUCCGUAAACGUCAGAAGCCAGACGCUGGACUUUCUUCUUCACCUUUAAAGAAACAACCAUCCUCCGAGAUGCCGUCACCGAGUAAUUGGAGCCUGCGGUCGCAAUGGAUGUUCUUUGCGGUUGCCAGUGGUGCUUGCGCUGCUUUCAAUGGAGUUUUUGCAAAGUUGACAACUACACAACUCACCACCAACCUAUCCGACAGCAUUGCGAAACUGAUCGGCUUGUCCGCUCAUGAGCAUAUAGUCGAAUAUCUCGUUCGCGGCAUAUUCUUUGUCCUUAAUUUAACAUUCAAUGGCGUUAUGUGGACGCUGUUUACUCAGGCUCUUGCCCGUGGUACAUCCACAACUCAAGUCUCCAUCAUGAACACAUCCACGAACUUCAUGGUUACCGCUGUCCUAGGCGCCUUGAUCUUCUCAGAAGUUCUUCCUCCUCUGUGGUGGGCUGGUGCUGCGCUUCUUGUCGCAGGCAAUGUCAUCGUGGGACGGAAGGAUGAGACCAAAGAUGCUGGUGCCGCGGCCGCUGCUGAAGGGCCGAGUUAUGUUCCUUUGCCGACUGAAGAUGAUGGAGCACAGCGGGAUGACGACGAGGAUGUUAUUGAUUUGGGCAGAGAGUCGGAUGAGAGAACACGAUAGACAGGCUGGCUAGUCACACAGUCGUGGUGCAGGAUGCCAAGAGAGACCUGCUGUUGGAUCUUUGAUAGAAUUGAGACAUUUAGCAUAAGUUGAAAAAAAAAUAAAAAAUAGAUUCAAUCCCGAACACCAGCGUAUCAUGCACGUUUCUAUAGUAACAGAUAAUAAAAGGUAACAAUCAACAUGUUCAUACAAUUACCGCCGACUCUCCAGCUCAACACCUUCAUCGAGCACCUCCUCGUCGCCGUUCAAUAUUUGCCCUCUCCCCAGUGGCCGCUCACCACCAGAAGUGCUUGUCAAGCGAAUCCGGCCUCCUGAGUAUCUUGAGACUCGGCCAGAGAACCAGUUACCGGCUCUUUGGAAAAGGGCCCAAAGUUGCUCUUGCCCCUCUUCGAUACGAUGAUCAUCCUUGGGGUUCUCGGCGGCUUCGACCUUGAAUUGGUAUUUCAGGCAGUCUUUGACGGUUACGAGACCAGUGAGCUUGCCAUGAUAUUCAAUCAAUAUAACUCGAGGUCCGAUCUUUUGAAACAACUCCAUGACAGUCUCGAGGGGUAGUCUCGGGUGAGCUGUGACGGGUGUUGCAUCAACAUAUCGGCUAAAGUCGAGAGUUGAAGAGUGUGAUGAGUCGCCAUGGAUGUUGUUAAGCGAUGUACUUGACAGAUUCGCCGACGACGGUGCAAAUGUGCAUUUUGCAGUCUCUGAUAAUGGUGAGGUUCGACUCAUCUUAUCAAUGGCAUAUCGCAACUCCGUACUGCCAAUAUAACCAACAAGCACCUUGGUGUGUUUGUCUUCCACCACAGGGAAGCCUUGAUACCGAUCAUCAGCAAGGAGGCUCUGGACUUCGCCCAAGGUAAGUCCAUGAGCGGGCAUCGAGACAACGGAAGUUCUCAUGACAGCCGACACAGGAACCCCGAAAUUGUGCUCCUCUUUACUGUCAAGGAACGGCAUUCCGCUAAACCAUAUCAUUCUAUCUGCAAUGCCUCCCUUGCCAAAUAAUUCGCUGACAGCUUUGGUGACUCCAACGACGAUCAUGGUGGGCAGAAUGUAGUUCAGAGCACCUGUGAGCUCAAACAUGAUGACCACCACGGAUAUGGUGAUGUGCAUGAUGCCACUGAGUGCCGCAGCGGCCCCUAGCAGGGCAUAUGUCCCUGGUGUGAUGCAAGGCUCGUCAGGCUUGCAUGCGGAAAAGAAGACGCUGGUGGGAUUGGCUUCGUGAAUAGCUUGAACAAGAAUUCCGAUUGUUCUUCCGAACGAUGCUCCAAUCGCCAUUGAAGGAACGAAGAUACCAGCGGGAACCUUGCAUCCAUAGGAUAGUAUAACGAGGAAAAGCCUUAGGAAGGUCGCCAGGAACAGUGAAAUUAUGUUCCACCAUCUCUUGUCAGGCUCGCAGAGACCGUGGUACGAUUCUCCACGUCCGCACUCCGAGAAGAGAAUCUCCAUACUCUCUGUCAUGUCAAUCCUCAAGAAGGCGUUGGGGUAGGCAAUAAUAGCAGUUCCCGCUGCCAGUAAAGUCGCUUCGAGAACUGCAUACUCUUUCAAGUACUUCUUUCUGAAUGACUGAACCCGCAGAUUCCACUUAAUCACAAAGGCUCCGUAGAGACCUCCGAAAAUACCAAUCAAGACGUAGAACAGCAGCUCGAAGAAGUGCCAGUCAUUCUUAUACUCAACCUGGAACAUGACCAGUUGCCCCGUUCGAAAAGGAUUCAUAGCGGCGAGAACAGCUGUCGCGACAAGGGCACAGAAAUAGCUUCGCCACAAUGUCUUGAGAGGAAACUGGUUCGACAUUUCCUCAAGAGAGAAAAGCACACCGCCGAUAGGACUGCCAAAGGCGACAGCGACACCGGCAGCUGCCGAGGCGCUCAGGAACUCCCUAGUCUUAGAAGCGUUGCGUUUGUAUUUGUCGAAGAGCCGAGAGAUCACAUUUCCCGUACACACGGCGUAGUGUACACUUGGGCCUUCCUUUCCAACCGACAAGCCAGAGGCGAUAGCCAGAGGGAGACAUACUGAUUUGAUGAUCAAAGUCCACCAUCCAAGAAAGCCUUUCAUAACGAACCCGGCAAUGAUGCACUUGAUCUCAGAAAUACCUGAACCGGCAGCAUAUGGUGCAAAAGACUUGACCAAGGUGCCCGCAACACAAGCAAAUAGAGUCUAUGUCGUUAGGAUGCACAAGUGCGAAGGAAGACUUGGCACUUACUGCAAAGACAAAAUAG